AGGGCACAACAAACAACCAGGCCAUUUUUAUUUUUGUUUCUCUACAAAAUUCAAAUCAAUUUCUUCUAACAAUGGACGCCGACGAGAGAUUAAUGGAGCUAAAGAAAGCUUAUGCGGAUAUCAUAUUGAAUACUGCAAAAGAAGCGGCGACACGGAUUAUGGUUUCGGAAAAGAAAGCGGUUCAGUUUGAAUACGAACUUAAGAAUUCGAAAGACGAUGCGGUUCGGAUGCUUACGAGACUUAAACAGAUGAUGGAUUCUAAGAUUCGUGAAGCGGCAAUGACAUCCUGUACACAACAAAAGAAAAUUGAAGAACUCGAAGCACAACUUCAGGAGGCUGAAGACAUAGUAAAAGACCUCAGGGAGGAGUUAAGAGCAGUUGAGACAGAACUCGGGAGAUUCUCACAACUGAAAAAACUAAAGCAUCCAGUACAAGCAGACAACACAAUAAAUCGUGAACCCAUUACAUUCCCUCCCUCAGAAGUACAACCCAAUUUAUAUGUAGAUCAGACAAAUAAAAGCCAGAGACUUUAUAAUUCUUUAUUUCCUUUAAAGAAAUCUUUAAUUGCUAACAUUGAUUUACCGUCUAUAAUAUUGAGAAGCAAAGAAACUGAGCUGUACAGAAAUGCGUGUACCCAAAGAAUCCGUGCUUGCGAACAAACCACUUCGGAUACAAAGGUAUCAUAUUCUGUGCAAACAAAUGGCAUCAACCCCAAGUCAAUUAUCAAGGAGGAUAAAGUAAUAGAGAAAGAUAUAGUUUUAGAGCAAGCAAACGAUAUGGAUAUAGCAGCUGAUAAUUCAUGUUUGACUUCUCCAAGUUCAGCCAAACAUUCAACUGAUACGCCCAUUCAAGAAAACUCUGAUGAAGGUAGAGAGGAACAUAUGUCUAUGAAACGUGAUAAUGAUGAUGCUGACCUGCCAUUAACGAAUUCGGAGACAAAGGUGUCUGAGACAAACGAGGUUCCAAGUCAACCUUUGAUUGAUAGAGUUAUUAAGUACACUUUCGAAAGGAAGAGGAAAAGAGGAGCUUUAGUCAAUGGAAGUACUUCUAGCGAAAGGAGCGAGGAAGACCAAAUGGAUAAUGGUUCCAAGGUGAACUUGAUAGGAGAAUCAACUCCAGAAAAGUUACGGCUAGAACGGGUGGCACAUCAGCUUGUAUCAUUAUCAGAUAAGAAGUGGUGUUGAUGAACCGUGAGGAAAAAGCAGAUAGUUUUCAGCCUUGACAUCAAAGACAAGGUUAUAUUCAAGGAAAGCUUAUAUAUUCAUUAGCCCUUGUACAAACUGUAGUAUAUGCAAUGUUCUCUACUGCUCGGAAUUUUCACUUCAAACGUUAGUUUCCUAAAUCAUGAAUGAUUUUGCAUAGUUACGGCUCUGGAAUGGAGCCAUUGCAUCGUGCUGCCUUGUUCAAAUUGGAAAGUUCAGGAAUCUCUUUUCUUCUUAGUCGCGUAAAUUUUGGAGUAUUGUGGUCCUCAUCUUGUUGAUAUGAGAAAACAAAUAGAUUAAACUUGUAAGAUGGCGUUGUGAUUCUUUCAUGCACGUAAAAUGCAUAUUGAAUGCCAUGCCCUGCACUUCAAGGCUAAUUGAGUUUGUUAUAUAACAUUCAAGUGAGAGAGAUCAGACGACAAUGAAGUUGAACUCGAUAUGUUAGUGACAAUCUAUAAAUCUGAAACGUGAUACUCAUUAUACUUAUAAAAGAUCACAAGAAUGUUUCCUGCAGAUACAUGACAAACAACCAUAUACCUGCAGAACUAAACUUGCCAUUUUCUUUCAGGAAGUUUCCUGUAUAAUAAGGUAUUGCUCUUUAGUGCCCUUCUUUCAGCUGGCUUCGCCUUAUCUCUUCAUCUCAUUUCAAAUGGAGAUUCAGGGAUCUCUAGUGUUCAGAUAUGUAAUUACUUACACUGAAAAUACUAAUCAAGUAUAGUAUGGUAGAUAAGAACAGAAAAGCUACCUUUUAUAUUCCAUAUUCUUUUUAGGGUAUGUAUAGGGAGGAAGUGAGCAACAUCAUUCCAUAAUGCCCACAGCAGAUUUGAAUUUACUUUUCAUUGUUAUGUUAUGCUCUGCUUGUGCUCAGAGGGUGGUUUGCUUUAUCAGUAAAUAUAGUACUAACAAAUAAAUUGUGAAAGUAUUCGUAAAUGUUAAAUAACCGUUAUCUACUUCAG